UUGCUGAAGCUAUAUAUACCGCCACAUCCUCCGCUCCUUCUUUCUUUUCCCCUGUAGCGGUGACGGUGCAACAGUAAUCGGUCGUCCCGAAGCCGGGUUCAUCCGACACCCUCACCAAUCAAGCUGAACUGAGCUCAACCUUCACAGCAGCAACAUGCCGCCCAAAUUCGACCCCAACGAGAUAAAAAUCGUGUACAUGAGGUGCACAGGAGGAGAAGUUGGAGCUACAUCUGCUCUGGCUCCCAAGAUUGGACCUCUUGGUCUGUCUCCAAAGAAAGUUGGUGAUGACAUCGCAAAGGCUACCGGUGACUGGAAAGGUCUGAGGAUCACCGUGAAGCUGACCAUCCAGAACAGGCAGGCCGCUAUCGAGGUGGUUCCAUCUGCUUCUGCCCUGAUCAUCAAAGCUCUGAAGGAGCCUCCUCGUGACAGGAAGAAGGUCAAGAACAUUAAACACAGCGGCAGUGUGACCUUCGACGAGAUUGUCGGCAUUGCGCGUGCCAUGAGGCACCGUUCCAUUGCCAGAGAGCUCUCAGGAACAAUCAAGGAGAUCCUGGGAACUGCCCAGUCCGUCGGAUGCACCAUCGACGGUCGUGCUCCUCAUGAUGUCAUUGACGACAUCAACAGUGGGAAAGUGGAGUGUCCAUCAGAGUGAAAAUGGUGUGGCAAUAAAAUGUUUAAAGUAA